CGCUGGGCGGUGAACGAAGCGAUGGGGGAAUUUUUACGAGUGGAGUAUCGCUGCGUAGAGAAUGGGCCGAGGACCGCGAAGGGCUCGGGCUCGUUCGCGCGUGCAAGGAACGUCAGACGCGUAAAAGGUGUGAACAUGAACUUGUCGAUAGAGACUGGAGAUUCGACGUGCGUCAGGACGGAGAGAGUCAAGAUAGAUAGCUACAAUGGCGAUUUCACAAUUAAUCCACUGUGCACCGAAGAUCAGAUUUUCUGGCAGUGCCUUCCGGAUCAAGACGCAUUCCCCAAGUCCUUUUGCAAUCAAACGCUACGCAAACGAUUCACUCGAAAAUGUAAAACGAUCUCGAAUUCGAAGUGUAUUUCGACUUCGAAGUGUCAGUGAAGCAAAAUUUCAGAUUCGAAGUGAAUUUCGAUUUCGAAGUGUCAGUGAAAUAAGAUUUUGGAUAUUGGAAACCUGACAAUAUCUUGGAGACAUUUAUCGAGGACCGAUCCGAGGCUAUCAAAGCUGUCAUCGAAGACGACGCAAUUGUGGAGAGUUUAUCCGCCGAUCGGGAGGAGUUGCAGCGGCAUCGUUGUGUAAAUGCUGCGGCGACGGCCGACGCCUUUAUGAAUUACACAUCCGCGGACAGAUCCAGGAUGGUCUCGCACAUCAUUCCGGUUUCCGGGGAGCUGCAACAGGGGAAUGGCAAUCUGGGCGCCACGGGACUCGGCGGCAUGCAGGACUCUCCUCAUUCCCUGAAGAUCAAACAAGAGCCGUUUCAGCUGUCGCCGCCGUCGCCACUGCCACCCUUGCAUCAAGUGAGCGGCUUCGAGCUGCAGAGCGGCUGCAUCGGGGGGAACGCGAAGGACCUGGACUCCUCGUCGGUGGCCGGUAACCUGGGUCGCGGCCUAACGUCGCACCACGUCUCCUUGAGCCACCACCAUCCUCAUCACAGCCUGCAACACAGCCCCAACUCCGUCGUGGUGUCUAUGCACUCCUCUGCCAGCACGACGCACCAUCACCUGGACGACAAGGGCCCGUCGCCCGUCGGCGCGCUUCAUAGCACCACCAAUAGCAAUCCCUCCACACCGUCCGCACCUUCCACACCCAACGCCGCCGCGGACAACACCGCGUCGGCAACGGCGUCCGGCACGAACAACGCCAACGGUACCAACGGCUCCUCCGCCAACAGCAAACCGCCCUUCAGCUACGUCGCCUUGAUCGCUAUGGCGAUUCAGCACAGCGCGCAGAAGAGGGCGACCCUCAGCGAGAUCUAUGCCUACAUCACCGCCAAGUUCCCGUACUUCGAGAAGAACAAGAAGGGCUGGCAGAACUCCAUCAGGCAUAAUCUGUCCUUGAACGAGUGCUUCGUCAAGGUGCCGCGGGAAGGCGGCGGCGAGAGGAAGGGCAACUUUUGGACGCUCGAUCCGCAGUACGAGGACAUGUUCGAGAACGGCAAUUACCGCAGGCGAAGGCGGAUGAAGCGUCCCUACAGAAACGCCCCGUACCACAAGCCGCUCUUCGGCGAUCCGUUCUCGACGACUCACGUGCACCUGGGGCCGAGGAACAUUUUUGGCCACUCACCCCCUUCGUACGCCCCUACCACUUACACGCGAUACGACACGAGCGCAUGGAGUCUUCAGCAGUCACAGCUCUCGUACAGCCAUUGUCAGUCGUUGCAGCCACAAUUGCAACCGAUGCAAUCGAUGCAAAUCCCAGCGAUGAACGGCUACAGUCAACUGGGCACUUCGUUAAGUGAGUCUCUAUUCUCGUCUUACCCUCCCCUCUUUCGCGAGCGGGGUAAUACCGAACGACCAGGCGAAGCGUUUCAAGGCAAUUACCUGGAUGUUCCAGGUGGCACGACCGGGUCUCCCGGUUCCAUGGGCGGCGGUUCCUUCGGUAGCAGUUUCGCCACGUGCGGCAGGAGACACGACGCCGCGAUGGCGACGGAAACGAUGCCCGGCAGAUGCUACUGGCCAGAGAUGGUGAACGUGAAGGAGGAACCCGGCAGCAACGCCGUAUCGGCCAGUGGCGUCGGCGGCGUCGGCGUUCCGUCCGGUAUGAUGGGCUCCGCGGCGUCGUCGGGCGUCUCCACGACAGGCUUCGCACCUGUGGAGUUCCAGACGCGUUCCAAGUGCUUUAUGUGAACUCGCGGGAGUCCCGGCCAUCGAGUGUGAUCCGACGACGUCGCGGCGGGGAUCCCGCGCGAUAUCGUCGCACGGACGGAUAGGAUGAACGGCCGUCGAAUCGCCGACGAUGGAUUUCGCUGUGCGCACGUGCAUGCGCGCGUCGUCGAGCACUUGGACAACGCGACGGAUCGAAGGUAUAACGAGUAUGUCCGAUAAUUACUUAAUAACAUUAUUGGAUGGUUCUUCACGCAAAUUUAAUCACGCAAGGGAGUAACGUAAAUUUUAAUGAAACUCGUGUAAUUGCCGUUGUCGUGGUUAACUCGAUGUUAAAAAAAGAAAAAAAAGAAAUGGAAAAGGAACCAGCGCCGUACUUGUCCCUUCCUUCUUCAGCCCCAGGCGCCCCGCGUGCUCGCAUGAAUUCAGCAAGCUUCGCUCUGCCGUUCGCCGUAGUAGUUGCGAUUCGCUGCCGCCAGGUCGUUGAAUUCUUGCCUCGAUCGACGCCUAAGCGCGUCCACAGGCAAGUGCUGCGGCUCCGAGACGCGUCUCGCUACUGUAAAAUGUACUCGAACGCUGUUCCAGCAAUAUCAGUCAGCAAUAUUCAAUGCACGCGUGUAAUAUCGCGGCUGUAAUACGCUGCGAGGAUACGUCCGAGCCCGGUGAUGACCGAAUCUCUCUCCGGAGCGUCGCGAGGAUCGCGCGAUUGCACCGACCGCUGGACGCGAUUCCAGCCGCGGCAGAGGGAAGCGCUGAGCUAUCGCGGGCGAUUGCAGAACGAUCUCUUAAAACUUUAUCCCGUUUUCACGAUUAACCACUUGGAGAUACCUCUGUCUUCGUACUUCGUUUUCGACUGCUAGACAGUAUUCAAUAUCUUGAGAGGGAGAGAAGCGAAAGACGGGAGAGAGAGCGUCCGUUCGGAGUGCGAGAGUGAGAGAUGUCAUUUCGACUCGAUCUUUUCCAAAUCAAAUGCGAAAAUUGUAACGCGAGAAGUGUCAUCGCGCAUAUCGCGUUUAAGGGCGACCCUUCGCGCUCGAUACUUGCUUAACACGUUGACCGCUCGGGAGAGGAAAACGGCGACUUUUAUUAAUAUAUAUCGUCUACGCUACAUUUUUAUCACCACCAACGUAUAAUGCAUAUAAACGAUUAAAUAUUGUGUGUAAUAUGAUAAAACGACGAUAUUAAGCGAUGAGAAUAUCAAGCACUUAUCUCGACGGUUACCUCUAUGGAGAGACCCCGUUGAAGAGCAGAGUCAACGUGUUGAACGAUCGGGUGAUGUCCUUUCUAUCGCGACACGAACAUUGCGAAAAUGUAACUUUUAACGCGUACAGAUAUAUUGUAAGAAGAUAAGAGAGCGAUACGGGAGUAGUAAGAAAAGCCGUCUUGUUGCAGAGUUCUUUUAUAUAUGUAUAUAUACACAUACGCGUAUGUAUAUGUGUAUAUAUAUGUUUAUGUAUGUAGGCAUAUAGAAUUAAAAGAAUAAAUAUAGAACUAUAUGUUUAAAGUAUCGCGCGUACAAAUCAUGCGUCUUAUGCGAGUUAUAUGGAAGUUGUUUCUCCGCGGCCACAGUGGUAUGUAAAUACACGAUUAGCGUUACGUAUAGCACGACUUUAAGGAAACCGUAACCGCGAGGUAAUUAGUCUUAUGUAUCAUACCACUAAAAUAAAUUAGUCUCUAUGGGACACGUGCUACCUCUCGCUCGUGUCCUGCAUGUGGGAAUCGCGCGUCCAGGGGGAAAGAGGAGGCAAGAGCAAACGCGACGACUUGAGUGUAUA